GUGUUAUAUGAUAUAUUUGUAAAUUUAAUUAUUGUUGGAUCUUGUUUCAUAAAGUUUCCACAAAUAAUAAAAAUUAUAGCUAACAAAAGCGUUGUUGGUUUAUCAUUUUUAUCAUUAUAUUUAGAGAUAUUAGUAGCAAGUUCAUUAAUAGUAUUUUCUAUAAAGGAAAAUAUAAAUAUUAAAUUGUUUCUUGAUGUUAUUUUAAUAAAUGCACAAAAUAUCUUCAUAGUUUUAUUAAUGUGGAGAUAUAGUAAUAAAUAUCCUAAAUAUAUUAAUGCCAUUAAAAUUAGUUUCUAUGUAUUUUUUAAUAUAUACUUGAUUUAUUGGUUACCCAAUGUGUUUGUGCCAUUUUUAGGUAUUGUAUCAGCUCCAAUAAGUUGUUUUUCAAAGGCGCCACAAAUUUAUUUAAAUUAUAAAAAUAAAAAUACAGGAAAUUUGUCUCUUGUUACGUAUAUUAUUGUUUUUCUAGGGAAUUUAGGAAGAAUAUUUACUAUAUUUUUUAGUUCAAAUAACAAAAUUUAUUUGAUUCACUGUAUUUUUAUCUCUACUUUAAAUUUUACUAUUUUGUAUCAAAUUAUAUAUUAUUGGAAAAAUACAAAAAAUAUUUCAACUCAAAUUAAAAAAGAAAAGCAUACAUGA